AUGAAGACAACGAGAGCAUUGUGUGGUAAAAACUUUAUGGAGAAGAGUCCAACAAACCCGUUUGGUUUAAGUUUAAUAUUGGCAAUCAAGUACGAAUCAGCAAAGCAAGGCACACAUUUAAGAAAGGAUACUUACCUAAUUGGACCGAGGAAGUGUUUACAACAACCAAACAUAUUCUUCGACAACCACCCGUGUACAAGAUUGCUGAUUAUGAUGAUGAAGAAUUGGAAGGGACAUUUUAUGAACAAGAGCUUCAAAGAGUGA